UAUUUAUUUACUUUUGCAUAUUUCUUGUUUACAUAUAUAUUUAUUACUUCGUGUAAAGAAAAAGUAGGUGAAAUUGCUAUAUAAUUUAUUAAAAAAAUCAUCAAAAAUGGAGGGAAAUGUUGCAAUGGAUAAAGUAUGUAGAACAAGCGGAGAUGGUAUGGAAGAAGAAACGACCUCACCGAAAGUCGAUCCAAAUAGCAAAGACAAUAAUGACUCUACAACAAAAUUAGAUACGUCAGCGCAGUUACCAAAGCAAAAAGAUAACUUAUUGGAAGAGAAUGUACAUAUUCGUAAACCAUCUGUUAGUAGCACUAAUAGCUCGAACAAUCUCUUACCCGGUUUGCAUUCAUUAUACAGACGUCCAGAAACAAUUAUACGAAGUUUAGCUCCUGUCAUUCCUACUGGAGAACUCGUACAACUAAAACCACGAUUAAUAACAACCCCUGUUAAACCACAACAUAAAAAAACAAAGCCACCCAAAUUUGUGCCAUAUGAACCGUAUCCAGGAGCAGUGAAUCCAAUAGUGCCAAAUUCUAACAGUGGCCACAGUAUGCCAAAGGGUUAUAGAAUAAAUAGAAAUAAUUUAGAUAUUGGAGUACUUGUUGACCAUAUGUCUACCAUGCGAACGCAAGAACUACAUGCGGAUACAAACAACGAAACUUGCAAUGUAGAUGCUACAAAUACUACAAAUGAGGAGCUUCAAACAUUGAAAGCGGAACUUAAGAAAGUAAAGGAGGAACGCGACUACUUUCAAGGCCAAUUUAAGUUUCAAACUCAAGUAAAUUCAGAACUUAAAAAUCUACUAGUAGCCUCUGUUGGCGAGGAUCUACAAACAAGAGUUAAUUUGCUGACUGAAGAUAAAUUGCAGUUAGCAAGGGCAUUACUAGAUACCGCCAAUAAUUUAACAACUCAUACGGAACAAAUUGAAUUUUUGGCUGGUCAGUCUGAGGUUUGGCGGUCAAAAUUUCUAGCAAGCAGCGUUAUGGUCGAGGAAUUGGCUAGAUGGAAAGCGGAUUUAACACAGAAAAAUCAAAUGCUCAAUGAAUCUACUAAACGUCUUCUACACUGUGUUCAUCAACUACGUGAAAUACAAUUAGAAAUUUUGAAGAAUUUGAAGUUUAUAGCUAAAAUACGUUAUUUAAAUAUUCCGUCUACUGAUGUUAUCAGUUUGAGUUCGGAAAAUUUAAACAUAUUGCAACAAAUGGUCUUACAUUCUGGAGUUGGUAUACCGGAUACUAAUUUAAGUAUAUCCAGUGCCAGCACUAAUCCUUUAUGUGAUGCUGAGAAAUACGCAGUACACGCGCUUGAAUUUAUUAGCCAACCACUAAUGGCUACUGACGAAGCUAUACGCGCUCUGUUUGGCCAGACACAGCGAUCCUUUGGGGGUACCUCAAAUUCAAGUAUACACAAUUUAGAACAAACGCCGAAUAACGUUGAUGUUUGUUCUUAGAAAAUGGUUUAAUAUCUUGCAAUGGUGUUGAAUAAUUAUUGUGAUUUUACCUUAAAGCAAUGGAUUAUACUUUACUGGUUUUUUAUAUAAUAUAUACUAUCAUUAUU